AUGGCCAACUUUGCAUCACCCUUUAAUCAGUCUAUUCUUCGCGAGGGGGAGUGGAAGUUCAUAGCUACGCGCAUCAACUCGAUUGUUCUAGAGCUUAGGCCCCAAAUCGAAUUUUCGAUCUUUGAGUCCGAUUCCCAGUCGCGCCUUGCAUCACAGCUGGUAGAUGGCAUGCGUCUGGAGCGGGCCCAGAUGUGUCAACUGAGUGGGUAUCUUGCCAUUGAGGGUGUCAUGCCAUGCAAUGAGAUCCAGUCGUUGUACCAAGCCUUCUCAAACCCGGGUGAUGGCGGUGUAAGACUAGUUCGUGAGAUGGCAUUCGACCGGCGAGGUUACUUGUUGGAUGGCAGUGGCGAGGUGAUGACGGUUUCAACCGCCUUGUGGCGGAUCUUUGCAUUCUUUCGCAUUCACCUCGCCAUGGCGCCCGUCUCAAGACCAGAGGACGCAAUUGAAUGGUACCACAACCCAGAUGAAGGUUUGGCGCAGCCCAGUCUCAGUCUGGAUGCCCAUGUUGCUGCUGAGCUUUACAUGCGAUUGAAACGCUGGGAUAAAAUGAGCAUGACGCGCUCUCCCGCAUUGAUAGACGAGUUGCAAGCCCUCAUCGCAGGGAUCAAUGCCAUCGGAGACAGCGAAGAUGAAUAUCGUGCGUUGUUGCGUACCGAAGUUCAUCAUCGUGAACUCGAGCUCGUUGCAAUCUUUCUUCGGGAGCAUCCGUCAGCUGCCAUACCGCUUGCGCUACAAGAGGAGCUUCGUUUACUUCGUCAGGAUGGGACUGUGCCUCCGUCCCCGCCGGAUGCCCGCCGGGUAUCGGAUGCCCGGGCUGUUGAAAACCCGCCGGGUACCGCUCAAACCCGCCGGGUCUCGGUGCACACCCGGGCGCGUGAGUCGCCAAUGCAGGUGUCGACAGAGGAGGCUGGGCUGGGCACACAAGUUCGAUCAACAGACUCUACAGAAGCACCAAGUGUUUUAACAUUAUUGUGA